AUGGAGUACCGCAGCAGCAUUUCCCCCAGCACCAACGGGAGGGGAAGCUUCGGCCGGGAAGGGCUGGAGAUGCCGCUGACAGCGUACGUGCCUCAUCCCCUGGGGUUAGUGCUGCUGGUGUGGGGGAAGCCAGGGCUGAUUUUCCUCUUGCCUUUCCCUCAGGAGGAGGAGACAAAGCGGCUGCUGGAGCCGGCAGCCAGCCCGCCCAGCAAGGUGCUGAACGGCGCGGAGCAGAGCUACCACAGCCUGCCGUCGGCACGCACCGAUGAGCAGGCCAUGCUGUCCUCCAUCCUCGCCAAAACAGCCAUAGGUGAGAGCAAAGCCCUGGAUGGGCUUUGGGACUCCUUAGGGCUGGAGGCUAACCUCCUGCAACAGUUUCUUUGGGAUAAUGGGGUUUCAGUAGCCACCAGUGACACAGCCAUGUCUUCCUGCCUGCAGGUGUCCCGGAUAGCUGCCUAUGCCUUCAGUGCGCUCUCACAGAUCCGUGUCGACGCCAAAGAAGAACUGGUUGUACAGUUUGGCAUCCCCUGAACCUGCCCCCACCACUGCUGCUUCAGUGCUUUGGGUUGUUUUUGGUUUUUUCCCCAAUUUUUCUCUUUAUAUCCCUUCCCUCCCCAUGCUGCUGCCACAGAACUUGGACAGAUACCCUGUUUCCUACUAAAUGCCAAGGCGCCCAUCAUUGGCACGUCGAGCCCACCUGCACUGCUCGAGGCUUUCUCCUCCUCGUGGGUGGGUGGGUGUUUGUGGGGAGGAGGCUGUGUCAGCUGGACACUGCCUUGCACAGGGACAAGCACAAAGGGAACAGCCGGUGCGAGGAGGCCCUGGUGUGGGUCAGCACCAUGUGCCAGGUCACCAGGACGGGUGGGCUGGAGCCAGCCACUUGUGAUGCUCUGCGUGGGGCCUGGUGGCUCCAACACCAUCCCUUCUCCUUUUUACAUGUUUAGACCUCUAUUUUGGUUGUUUGUUUGGUUUUUUUGUUUGUUUUUGUUCUUUUUUUUUUUUUAAUUAUUAUUUUUUGCCACAGUAGAUAAAGCCACGUUCAUCCGGUGCCUGUCUCCACUGUUCUCUGUCGGACACAGCAUGGACGUGAUGGGAGAGCCAUGCUCUUGGGGUGGAAAACACAUCUGUCUGACCCCUGUCACUUCUUCGAUCAUGUCCUGCAGGGCCAAGAGGACAAGGGGACAGGGAAUGUAUGAUGACCCACCUUUAAGGGGAAGGAGGCACCUGAGGCUCAAGGUCGAAAGGAAUGUCAAAAGUCAGGAUUUGCAAGUAAUCAGAAAGUUUUAUUAGUAAAUUACACGCUUGGCAUGGAAAUUGCAGGGUACCUUUUUAGGGAUUGGUUUCUCCAGCCUGAAGAUGGAUUUCUCAUUUUCUAUGCAAAUUAGUUAUCAUGCGCAAUUUGCUCUUUCAGGUCUUCCUGGAAAUGGGUCAGAGGGGUUUAGGGGUCUUUGGUCAUCUUAAUCCUACCCUGUAGCCCAUGCCCACUUCCUGGCACUCAUCCCUGUGCUUAUGCUGUGCUGUCUUGUGCUUAUCAGCAGGAACUACAACAAGGAUGUGUCUCCAGUGCUGCCCUAUCUCACCUUUUCUCCCUUCUUCAGCCACAUCUUUUCCUUUGUCAUGGUGUGUUAAUAUCAACAGUCCUUGGUUACUACCAAGAGUCCUUGCUUGACUCCACAGCCAUCCAAUUUUCUGUGUUUGAGACACAGUCAUUAGCUCUCCUAUGUUCUGGGAAUAGAAUGCUCAGUGAGACUCACUUUGGACUGUGGUUUAUAGGGUCAUUAGAGAGUGGACUUCAGUAUGCAUUAGCCCUUUAUAAUUGAGAGCUCAAAAGGUCUCACUCUGGAUUGCUGUCUAGAGGGACUCAAGAGAGUGGGCUUUAGUCAUAGUAAUUUUCCAUCCUGGCCACAAUUUGAGUUGGUUGAAGGUUCAGCAAAAAUACUGUUCCGCUUGGGUUGUUACUCAGGCAAGAAAAAUAAGUUUCCAAGUCUGUUCAUUAAAAAACAGAUGCUCGAUAAA